AUGCUGCUACCGCCGGAGAGCAGGGACUGGUCGGAGCUGCCGAUGGACGCGUUCUCGGUGAUCUUCGCCAAGCUCGGCGCCAUCGAGCUCCUCAUGGGCGCCGGCCUCGUGUGCCACUCAUGGCUGCACGCCGCCAAGCUGCCUCACCUGUGGCAAUGCGUGGAGAUGGUUCACCACGAGGCCCUGAGCCUGAAGGAACCCAUUGUCAUGUCCGAAAUGGCUAGGGCGGCCGUGGACCGCUCUGAUGGCCGGCUUGAGGCGUUCGAGGGGCAGUGGUUUGUUAACGAUGGGCUGCUCAACUAUAUACGGGACAGGUCACCGAAGCUGAAGCGCCUGUGCCUUGUCUCAUGCUACAGUGUCUACAAGGAAGCGUUCAUCGAGUUCAUAGCAAAGUGUCCGCUGAUAGAGGACAUCGCCCUCAUCAACUGUGGAAGUGUCGUCUUCCACGCUUUGAAUGUGAUCACCGGAAAAUCAUUCCCGCAGCUGAAGCGGUUCGAGCUACGAACGGCAUUUGAGCGACCUUGUUACGGGUGCGAUGUGCCGCUGGGGAUUCCAACGGUGCGCCACCUGCAACACCUGAUUUUAGGGGGCAUCAUCGACAUCGACAACGAAGAGCCCCCUGCCCUCACCUUGAUCUUAUUGGCAUCAGGGAGUGCUAUGAGCUCAAGGUCGUCGAUGCUACGUACCCUGCGAGCAAAGUGUGCCAAGAUCAAGAUACGUACUGAAGCUUCCCUGCUACCUUGA